CACUUCACCCCCACUUCUCACUAUUCAGAGAAUUCACUACGCCAAAAAAGGAAAAAACCAAGUGCUUUCUUUACCAAGUAUUACAUAUUAAUGGACGAGCCAUUGUUACUAAAUUUCAAUGUGUCUGACUCGGUUUCAGCAUCUAGUUCGGUGCCAAAGGGGGGCCGGUGGAAGGAUCGGUUGAAGGCGAAAAAGUUGAUAAAACAUCGUCAGCAAAAAGAUGUAAAAAAAUCAGGAAUUGAAGCUAAACCCAAGAACACAACUUCAUCAAAACGGUUAAAUGAGACCUCUUUUGGGACUGAUAAUUCUUCUGACAAUUCUGCUCCAGCAAAGAGAUUUAAGACGUCUUUUUCGGCAAAUGCCGUCAAGGAUGGUUCAAGAAAAAGAAACAACAUGCAUGCUGGUUCCACUCAGUCUACCGGUGUGAUCUCUUCAUUGUUCACCGGCGACCCGUCGGAAAAGUAUGAUGAUGCGAAAAAAAGCGAUGCCACUGCUUCAUCUAGCGCUGCUCUCCAAGCUCCAACAAAUGCUCCUCUUACGACCUCGACGUUUGCCGGUGUGCAACUGGACGAAGUAUUGGUAAAUCAUUUGCGUGAAAAAAUGAACAUCACCGCACCCACGGCUGUUCAAAAGGCGUCUUUGCCUGUACUGUUAGACAAAGCUGAUCACGAUGUGUUUGUUGAAGCCGAGACUGGUUCGGGAAAAACACUUUCGUAUUUACUGCCUAUUGUUCAACGCAUGCUUGGCUUGCCAGAGGAAAUGCACAAGCGGACAGCGGGUGUGUUCGCUGUUAUCAUUGCACCUACUCGUGAACUUUGCCAGCAGAUUUACAACGUCGUGACCGCUUUGGUGAACAACAAGAAAGCAUUUUGGAUUGUUCCUUGCAAUGUCAUUGGCGGUGAAAAGAAAAAGAGUGAGAAGGCUCGUAUCCGUAAGGGUACGAAUAUACUCAUUGGUACUCCAGGUCGGUUGGCCGACCAUUUGGAGAAUACGGAGGCAUUGGAUGUCUCAAACGUUCGUUGGGUAGUUUUGGAUGAAGGUGAUCGGUUAAUGGAUAUGGGUUUUGAAGAGACAAUUACAAAGAUCUUGACCACUUUGGACACGCAAAGCAGUUUCAGUGCACAAAAGUUGAGCAUUCCCUCACGAAAGGUGAACAUCUUGUGUUCGGCCACCAUGCAGGGAUCACUUGCUCAGCUGAAGGAAAAACAAUUUAAGGACGCCUUGUACGUGAAGGCAGCCGCUGAAGAUAAUUCAACUGAUGAGGGUGAAUCACAAUUGUCCGCUGUCGGCAGCAACGACAAGUCCAUGGCUCCAGCACAACUAGUGCAACAAUAUAUGGUAGUUCCACCAAAGCUGCGACUGGUGAGUUUGGCUGCCAUGCUUAAGCGUUAUGUUCGGCUGAAUACCAGAAUUGUUGUUUUCUUCUCCUGUGCUGACAGCGUCGACUUUCAUUUUGAAGUUUUCAAGUCAGCCAUGAAUUUGGAUGGUGAUGACGACAAUGAGCCAGACAGCGAUGAUGGCGAAAGGAGAUUUGUUCGAAGAGAUGCAGACGCACCGAAAGUGCGAGUAAAGGAGGUGGAGCAACACGCUGCCCAGGCGAAGCGCAUCCAUCAAAACGCUCUUGUGUACCGUUUACACGGUUCGCUUUCUCAGCCCGUGCGUACAGCCACUCUGAAUCAGUUUGCGAGCAUGAAAAGCAAACAACCCAAGAUUUUAUUGUGCACGGAUGUGGCUGCCCGUGGUUUGGAUCUGCCUUCUGUUGACUAUGUAAUUCAGUAUGACGCCCCCUUCAGCACUGAUGACUAUGUACACCGUGUGGGUCGAACGGCUCGUGCAGGUCACCAGGGUACGGCAGAGCUGUUCCUUCUCGCUUCCGAAACGGACUACGUGGAUCUGUUGAAGAAAACUGUGCAUGCGAACAUAGUUGAGGCACCCGCUGGUGUCUCAGGCAACUUGCAACAGGCCUUCCGCCGUGCUGGUGAGCGCAAACAGCAAUGGCAAGACAACGCAACCGAAUGGCAACUCGAUGUUGAGAAAUGGGUGCUCAAGUCGGAGCGUCACCACGAAUUGGCCAAGAAAGCGUUUUCUUCCCACGUCCGUGCCUACGCUACCCACCUGUCUGGUGAGCGAAGCAUCUUCAACAUGCGUUCGCUCCACCUCGGUCACAUUGCCAAGUCAUUUGCUUUACGCGAGGCUCCGGGUAAAAUGGGUCAGGGACACCGUAACGCAAAGGAUAAUGGACACAAGAGCAAGGGGAAAUUUCAAACGGGUAGUAAGAGUACCGAAUCUAUUGCUUCUCGUAUGAACCGCAAAGCUAUGGAGACCUAUCAAAAUGAACACCAAGUUGCUUAGAUGAGAUGAAACAGUGGUCAAGUGUAAAGGCGUCUUUUUUGUCUGUCAUAUUUUUCCGUCUUCAACUUUCCUACCGCAUUCCUUCCCUCAUUGACGCCACCGUUCCGACUACUAUCUCUAUUACUAAGACUCGCUGAUUGAUCCUCCUCUUUUCGCCCAACGCCUUUCAACGUUGCUAAAUCACCUUCGGUUUGGUGGAGCACUGGAGGUAACGUGUUACCUCACCUGCUCAAACCUGUUCACUAACCAUGCGAUUCAAUGGCAGAAAUGACUUCUUUUAUGUGGUCUUUUGAGCCGUCAGGGGGUCGCAAUGUUUGUCCAAAACGCCUCGUCUUGAUGUUUCGUCCUGUCGAAUUUAUUGUGGUUGUUGAUGUGCUUACUAAAUGACGCCUUAGUCACCACCAAGCAAUAAGGCGUAAUAUUUCCCAAUGCUGUUUCGGUAUUAUUGCGAUAAUUGCGUAUACACUAUUGCCGAUAACGCCAUCGCACACAACCAGCUCCUGAGUUAAAUAACCGUCGG